AUGAAUUCUUUGCCGUGUGGCUCCGGGGCGACGCACGGCAAACCAGCAGCGCACGGCAAAGAGCCAGCACGGCGCUCGGCAAAGCAACCCCGCACGUCGCACGGCAAAGACCUCUGCCGUGCAAAGGCACACGGCAAAGAGCUUUGCCGUGCAAAAGCGCACGGCAACGUCUACCUCCGCACGGCAAAGCCGCUUUGCCGCACGGCAAAGGAGCCUCGCACGGCAAAGGGCGUGGAUAAGGUCGCGGACCGACUCCCUCCUCCACACAAUUUCACACACGCACGCGCCCGGCCCUCCUUUUCCCAGCUCGCCGCCGCCGCCGAGACGCGCCGCCACGCCCGCCCGCCGCACGCCGCCGCAUCGACCUCCCCCGCCGCACGCCGCCGCCUCGACCUCCCCCGCCGCUGCCGCCGCUCUCUCGCCCGGCCCUCCCCCGCCGCGCGCGCCGCUUCCACGCCGCUGCGCGCCGCUCCCUCGCCCGGCCCUCCCCCGCUGCCGCCGCUUCCCUCGCCGCGGCAGGCAGCUGCUUCUCCCCCGCCGCUGCCCUCCCCGCCGCUGUCGCUCCGCCGCCGCUGCCGCUCCCCGGCCGCGGACGCUGCUGCUGCUGCUCCCUCACCCGGCCGUUCAUGCAUGUAUUAG